AUGGCUCCUUCCAACCUCCCCGCCAUCUUCAACCCCACCCAGCAGGACAUUGAGAUGCUCCUCGCUGCCCAGUGCCACCUCGGUUCCAAGAACCUCCAGGUGCACAUGGAGCCCUACCUGUGGAAGACCAGGCCCGACGGUGUCAACGUCUUGAACAUUGGCAAGACCUGGGAGAAGAUUGUCCUCGCCGCGCGCAUCAUUGUCGCCAUUGACAACCCGGCCGACAUCUGUGUCAUCUCCGCUCGUCCCUACGGACAGCGUGCCGUCCUGAAGUUCGCUUCCCACACUGGUGCCACUGCCAUCGCCGGUCGCUUCACCCCCGGUAACUUCACCAACUACAUCACCCGUUCGUUCCGUGAGCCCCGCCUGGUCAUCGUCACCGACCCCCGCACCGACGCGCAGGCCAUCAAGGAGGCUUCCUACGUCAACAUCCCCGUCAUUGCCCUCUGUGACGGAGACUCACCCACCGAGUACGUCGAUGUCGCUAUCCCCACCAACAACAAGGGACGCCACGCCAUCGGUCUCAUCUGGUGGAUGCUUGCCCGUGAGGUCCUCCGCCUCCGCGGAACCCUCGCCAACCGCGAGACUGAGUGGGACGUCAUGACUGACUUGUACUUCUACCGCGACCCCGAGGCUGAGGAGAACAAGGACAGCGCUGGUGUCGAGGAGGCCAAGGUCCCCGGUGCCGACGAGGUCGGUGCUGGUCCCGUCGCUGAUGGCUUCACCAGCGAGUGGGAGGUCUCCGGCGCAUCUGCUGGUGCUUUCACCGCCCAGGCCGCCGCUGCCCCCGGCACCAGCUGGGACGCUGACACUGCCGACUGGGCUGCGUCUGGCGAUGCUCAGACUGGCAACGAGGGCUGGGGUGCCGAGACCGCUGCCCCUGCUACCACUACCCAGUGGUAG